AUGAGAGCUUAUUACAAUUCACGCCGAUCACUAGUUUUAGGUAGUAAAAUGCGAUCAUGUCAACCAUACUUUCAGCCCGCUUCAGAAAAUGAAUUAGUGGAUAUACAAUCAGCUCUUGAUGAUGAUGCUACUUUUGACAAUUUAUUAAAAUAUGCUUUAUAUCUAUCAAGAUCAAAUGACGAGCGUGAUGUUGCCAAAGCAAUUUCUUAUAUAGACGCAGCUCAAUGGAUGCCAGAAUCACAAGGGUAUGAAGAUAUUCUUAGCGAAUGCGCAAUUUUUUGCUAUUAUCGCCUACGUCAAGACGAUACUGCUAAAUCAGCCAUUCAGGCAGCAUAUAAAAAGGGUGUUAGAAGCAGAAUUAUUGCAGAAAUCAAACAAUACUACGAGGAAGAAACUUUAAAUGAUGCAGCAUUGUAUGUUGGAGCUGGUGGAAUUAUUGCUGGUGCAGCAUUACUAUUAUUCUCUCUUUUCCGAAGGAAAAAGCAUUAA